AUGGCGGGACGUAUUCUUCCGGUUGCAUUGACGACUAUAGUGGGUGUUUCGAUUGGAGUUGCGACCUUCGAUGGAGAAUUCAAGAAGCAAAGAAUAGCACGGCUGGAGGAAGAAUACAAGCGGUACAUGCUCCACGCUCGUGCCUUCUCUAGCUUUCACUCACCCUCUUUUAGAGAACUUGCGGCUGCCUCUGCAUCAAAUGCGGCCGGAUCUUCGCCUGCCGCCACCAAUGCAUCCGCCGCUGCAACGCCCGAACAGCUUCAGGCCCACAAGGCACGGGCAGUCGCCUCUGCCCCAGCUGACAACUCGUGGUCAAAUAUACUCGGAUUGUGGGCAUGGAAGCAAGACCCAAAGGCGCAGGCAGUACCCGUAUCGAACAAGAAUGAAGAUGCAAAGGGAAAGCCCUGA